AUGCUGGGCAUCACAGUUCUUGCUGCGCUCCUGGCCUGCGCCUCCGGCUGCGGGGUCCCCAGCUUCCUGCCCAACCUAUCGGCCCGAGUGGUAGGAGGAGAAGAUGCUAUUCCCCACAGCUGGCCUUGGCAGAUCUCCCUCCAGUACCUCAAGGAUGGCACAUGGAGGCACACAUGUGGUGGCACCUUGAUCGCCAGCAGCUUCGUUCUCACGGCCGCCCACUGCAUCAGCAACACUCGCACCUACCGCGUGGGCCUGGGGAAGACGAACCUGGCGGUGGAAGAUGAGGAAGGCUCCCUGUUUGUGGAUGUGGACACCAUCUUUGUCCAUGAGAAGUGGAACUCCUUCCUGGUGCGCAAUGACAUUGCCCUCAUCAAGCUGGCGGAGCCGGUGGAGCUGAGCGACACCAUCCAGGUGGCCUGCCUGCCAGAGGCAGGCUCCUUGCUGCCUCACGACUUCCCCUGCUAUGUCACUGGCUGGGGCCGCCUCUGGACCAAUGGCCCCAUCGCUGAUGAACUGCAGCAGGGCCUGCAGCCGGUGGUGGACCAUGCCACCUGCACCCGACUUGACUGGUGGGGCACCAUGGUGAAGGACACAAUGGUGUGCGCUGGUGGUGAUGGUGUCAUCUCAGCCUGUAACGGGGACUCUGGCGGCCCACUGAACUGCCAGGCGGACAACGGCUCCUGGGUGGUGCGUGGGAUCGUCAGCUUUGGCUCCGGCCUGGGCUGCAACACCGCCAAGAAGCCCGCAGUCUACACCCGCGUGUCUGCCUACAUCGACUGGAUCAACGAGAAAAUGCAGCUGUGA